AUGGCUCCCAACUUCGGCCGCUCCAUCUCCUUCCCUCUUACCCCGGCGAGGUCAUUCUCAAAGCCGUCCCGCCACGUCCGCUCCGUCAGCCUCCCCGGCACCACCUCCUCCCACCCGCUCCUCGCCAACCUCCACGCCCGCAUCGCCGCCCUCCGCGCAGGCACCUCCAUACCGGCCGGCCUGGCCAACAUCCACGCGCUCCACGCCGCGCUCGCCGACCUACUCCUCCUCCCAGCGUCCGUGGCCGCGCUGCGGCGCCCCACAAGCAACACCGGCGACCGCCUUCUAGACGCCUUCCUCCUCCUCGCCGACGCGCACCAGGGCUUCCAGGAGUGCCUCCUAGAGCUCAGGCAGGCCGCCGCCGAGUCCCGUGCUGCGCUCCGCAGAGGGGACACGGGCAGGCUCGCGUCCGCCUCGAGGUCCCAGCACAGGGCCGAGAAGGACCUUGCCCGCCUCACCGCGUCGGUCUUCGCCAUCUCCACCAAGUGCGCGCGGCAGAACCUCGUCGCCGUUAGCGGCGAGGAGGUCGAGAUGGCCUAUGCUCUUCUGGAGGCGGCCGCUGCCAGCGCUGCGGCCUCCGCGGCCGUGUUCUCGGCCGCUGCGUCCAUGUCGUCUGCGGCGUCGUCUUGCAAGAAGAUGACCACGUUUAUUCCCGCGUUCGCCAGGAAGUCCACCCGCCCGGACACGGCCGAGGCGACCUUGGAGAGGCUGCACGGGCUGGAGCAGUGCUUCGACGAGUGCGACGGCGCGUGCGACAUGGUGUUCAGGAGCGUGGUGCAGACCAGAGUUUUACUGCUCAACAUCAUGACGCCCACCAUCUAG